UGAUCGCAAUUCUAGUGUGAGUUGCCAAUAAAGUGUACCGGAAAAUCUUUCAACAUCUGCUUAAUUAGAUAGUUUUCUGUUCUGAAACUUUGGGAAAAUAUAAAUAAAGACUUAUUCAUCAUGUAUGAUCCAGAUGAAGAGGUGUACGAAGAAGAUGACUCGGAUGAGGUUACCCAAGACAGAUGGCAAGAGGCCUGCUGGAUUGUCAUCAGCUCUUACUUUGACGAGAAGGGUCUCGUGCGCCAGCAGCUUGACUCGUUUGAUGAGUUCAUACAGAUGUCCGUGCAGCGGAUUGUCGAGGACGCGCCAGCUGUGGACCUACAAGCUGAGGCUCAACACACAACGACGGAAGCAGAAAUUCCUACACGGUAUGUGCUGAAGUUUGAGCAAAUCUACCUGUCCAAGCCGACACAUUGGGAGAAAGAUGGUUCCCCAAGUCCCAUGAUGCCAAAUGAAGCCAGACUACGAAAUCUCACGUACUCAGCACCGCUGUAUGUAGACAUCAUGAAGACAGUGAUCCAAGAUGGUGAAGAGACUUCAGAGACGCAGCAUCUCAAGACAUUCAUUGGCAGGAUUCCGAUUAUGCUCCGCUCAACAUACUGCUUGCUUAGUGGCCUGACAGAUCGUGAUUUGACGGAGUUGAAUGAAUGUCCACUGGACCCUGGUGGUUACUUCAUCAUCAAUGGCUCCGAGAAGGUCCUGAUUGCGCAAGAGAAGAUGGCCACCAACUCUGUCUAUGUGUUCUGCAAAAAAGACUCCAAGUACGCGUUCACUGCUGAGUGUCGGUCGUGUUUGGAGAAUUCGUCCCGUCCUACCAGUACCAUAUGGGUACAUCUCAUGGCCAAGGGUGGGCAGGGUUCAAGAAAGAGUGCCAUCGGACAGCGUAUUGCAGCCAUCCUUCCGUACAUUCGUCUGGAGAUUCCCAUCAUGAUCGUCUUCAGAGCUUUGGGGUUUGUCGCUGAUCGUGACAUCUUGGAGCACAUUGUCUAUGACUUUGACGAUCCAGAGAUGAUGGAGAUGGUUAAACCUUCCCUUGAUGAAGCUUUUGUUGUCCAAGAGCAGAGCGUAGCGCUGAACUUCAUUGGAGCUCGUGGUGCAAAACCAGGUGUUACCAAGGAGCGGAGAAUCAAAUAUGCCCGGGAGAUCUUACAGAAAGAAAUGUUGCCUCACGUAGGAGUCAGUGACUUCUGUGAAACCAAGAAGGCCUACUUCUUAGGGUACUGUGUGCACAGACUCCUUCUUGCAGCCCUUGGUCGUAGAGAAGUCGACGAUCGUGAUCACUACGGUAACAAAAGACUGGACCUGGCCGGCCCCCUCCUUGCAUUCCUCUUCAGAAACCUCUUCAAGAAUCUUCUGAAGGAAGUCCGGAUGUACUCUCAGAAGUUUAUCGACAAGGGCAAGGAUUUUAGCGUAGAGUUGGCCAUUAAGACACGCAUCAUAACAGAUGGUCUCAAGUACUCCCUAGCUACUGGUAAUUGGGGUGACCAGAAGAAGGCUCAUGCUGCCAGGGCUGGUGUCUCUCAGGUGCUAAACAGACUGACGUUUGUGUCAACGCUGUCCCAUCUCCGUAGACUCAACUCACCCGUCGGCAGAGACGGCAAGCUGGCCAGACCCCGUCAGUUACACAACACACUCUGGGGUAUGAUAUGCCCCGCUGAGACGCCAGAGGGUCAUGCUGUGGGUCUUGUCAAGAACCUGGCCCUGAUGGCGUACAUCUCUGUGGGCUCCCAGCCUAGCCCCAUCUUGGAGUUUCUUGAAGAGUGGAGCAUGGAGAAUCUGGAGGAGAUUGCACCUUCUGCUAUUAACGAAGCCACCAAGAUCUUUGUUAACGGCUGUUGGGUGGGCAUCCAUCGUGACCCAGAGCAGCUGAUGAACACCCUGAGGAAGCUUCGUCGCCAGAUGGAUAUCAUCGUCUCGGAGGUAUCCAUGGUCAGAGAUAUCCGGGAGAGAGAGAUCCGAAUUUACACGGACGCCGGUCGUAUCUGUCGACCUCUCCUCAUCGUGGAACAUCAGAAGCUCCUCUUGAAGAAGAGACAUAUCGACAUGUUGAAAGAACGAGAAUACAACAACUACAGUUGGCAAGACCUUGUCGCCAGUGGUGUCGUUGAAUAUAUUGACACCAAUGAGGAAGAGACCAUCAUGCUGGCCAUGACCCCGGAUGACCUCAUCGAGAAGGGAUCAAUGUACUGUUCGACCUACACCCAUUGUGAGAUCCACCCGUCCAUGAUUCUUGGUGUGUGUGCGUCCAUUAUUCCAUUCCCCGAUCAUAACCAGUCUCCACGUAACACCUACCAAUCCGCUAUGGGGAAGCAAGCCAUGGGCGUCUACAUCACCAACUACCACGUCCGCAUGGACACCCUGGCCCAUGUGCUGUACUACCCUCAGAAGCCUUUGACUACCACACGUUCUAUGGAGUACCUUAGAUUCAGAGAGCUGCCAGCUGGGAUCAACUCCAUCGUGGCUAUUGCGUCUUACACAGGCUACAACCAGGAGGAUUCCGUCAUCUUGAAUUCCGGUGCUGUGGAUAGAGGGUAUUUCAGAUCUGUGUUCUACCGUUCAUACAAGGAUUCUGAGUCCAAGAAGAUGGACCAAGAUGAAGUCUUUGAGAAACCAACACGAGAAACAUGCAAAGGUAUGCGUCCAGCCGUCUACGAUAAGUUAGAGGAAGAUGGGAUUAUCCCUCCUGGCUCUCGAGUGUCUGGAGAUGAUGUCCUGAUCGGAAAAACAGUGACAGAACCAGAAGACGAUGAUGAGCUUGACGGAGGCAGUAGACGGUUCACAAAGCGUGACUGCAGCACCUUCAUGCGACGGACCGAGACAGGGAUCAUAGACCAGGUGAUGCUCAGCAUCAACCAAGAGGGAUACAAGUUCUGCAAGAUCAAGGUGCGAUCUGUACGUGUUCCUCAGAUUGGAGAUAAGUUUGCCAGUCGUCACGGUCAGAAAGGAACAUGCGGAAUGAAGUACAGACCAGAGGACAUGCCGUUCACCUGCGAGGGUAUCACCCCAGAUAUCAUCAUCAACCCCCACGCUAUCCCCAGUCGUAUGACCGUUGGUCACUUGAUCGAGUGCCUCCAGGGGAAGGUUUCCUCUAACAAGGGUGAGAUUGGUGACGCUACACCGUUCAAUGACUCAGUCAAUGUGCAGAAGAUCUCUAACCUGCUGCAUGAGUACGGCUACCACCUGAGAGGGAAUGAGGUGCUCUACUGUGGUUUUACUGGAAGGAAGAUUGGAGUGCAGGUGUUCCUGGGGCCCACCUACUACCAGCGUCUUAAACAUAUGGUGGAUGACAAGAUUCACUCCAGGGCAAGGGGACCGGUGCAGAUUCUUAACAGACAGCCCAUGGAGGGCAGAUCUCGUGAUGGUGGUCUUCGUUUUGGCGAGAUGGAACGUGAUUGUCAGAUCUCCCACGGCUCGGCGCAAUUCUUGAGAGAGCGUCUUUUUGAGGUGUCCGAUCCCUACCGAGUCCAUGUGUGCAACCUGUGUGGCUUGAUUGCCAUCGCUAACUUGAGGAAUAACACAUUCGAGUGUAGAGGCUGUAAGAACAAGACACAGAUUUCCCAGAUCCGUCUGCCGUACGCCUGUAAGCUUCUCUUCCAGGAGUUGAUGUCCAUGAGCAUUGCCCCAAGAAUGAUGGUCAUGCCCGAAGGAAAAGCCUAAAGAAACACCCUGAAGGAAAAGCCUGAAGGAAAAGACUAAAGGAAAGACAUGAAGGAAAAUCCUGCAGGGAGAGACUAAAUGAAAAGCCUGAAGAAAAGGUCUUCAAGAAAGGCCUUAAAGAAGCCAUUUUCCCAUGGAUUUUCCCAGUGGAAUGCACAGAAACUCAAGGAACUUUAUUAGAUAACAUGUCAAUCGAGAACAAGAUGAAAUGUGCCUUUUAAAUGGACACUUUAUGUCGUGCAGAAAUGAUACCAUCAUCGGGUGACAACUUUGGAAGAGACACUUGGAAAUUGUUGCAGCUAAAAACAAUGAACAAUUGUUCUGCCCCAUUAUUUCAUGUACAAAAUGAGCACAGUAGCAUGGAAUGCGUCUGUUGCUAGACGCUGUAAGAUGUUGAAGAACAUUAAAGACAGAUAUAAUAUCAUGAGGAGCAUGAUCGACAUAAAUAGAGAAGCUACAGCACAGUGAUAUUGCGAGUUGGAAAAGAUUGCUUGGCAGCUUAUUAAACUAGAGCCGAGUUCCAUCUUCACAAAAACAUUUUUACUCAAGUCGUUUAAAACUGUUUCGAUAUAAUAUAUCUUUCACGCAAAGAAGUAGCAGUCACAGUUGAUGUUAUUGCUCAAACCAAGUAUACUUUUAUUCAGGAUAAUAAAUUUAUAUAAAACAAAAGUUGGAAAAGUCUGUUAUUGGAGGCACAAUCUGGAAUCAGUAUCAAAACUUAAGGACGGAAUGAUAAGAUUUCUGGACAGUUUGGACGGAAAGUUUAUUGCUUAAAACUCAAAUAUAACUGUUUCAACACUUAUUCACACUGGAAUUGUUUGGUCCAAAAGAUGACCCCAUAUACGACAACUGCAUUUAAGUUUUCAUUAGAAUGUUCCCCUAAAGUACUUCUCAAAACCAUUGACUAACAUUAUAAGCUCUGUUAAACUGAACUGUAAAUAAAUUUUGAAUUUUUUGUAAUAAAGUAUGAGCUUGAAAUGUGAACAAACUUGA